UCAGUUCGCCGUCACACUUUGUGUGCAGUCGUUGCUCGUGCGGUUACCGUUGUGAGACGCCUCUGAGCAGCUGACACUCGUGAACGUUUUUUUUUGGGCGCGAGCGUACCAGUGUUUAUUCGAAAAACAACAACAGUGCGGUGACAGUGAUUGUUGCGCUUUUGCAAUCGGUAAUUGUUGUGAUUGACGAAAACGGAACGAGACGCCAAAAUGACCGAGACGGUAGAACAUGAACAGGUGGUGAUGACGCCAAAAGGAAAGACAGCAAAUUCCACCACACUGAUCAUCGAAAGGAGAGCCGUAAAAAAUACUAAUGAUAAAAUGCACGUGGCCGGAGGUGAACACACGGGCAUUAUCAUUAACAAAGAAACCGCCACAGAAAAUGGCGAUUUAAGUCCACCUGAGCUGUCGUUGGAGUUCAGAGUGUUUUUGGUCAAUGGUCAAACAGGAAAACACACGCCUGAGUCGCGAACUCUCAGAUUUUGGUUCAGAUCGUUGAAUAACGGCGAAAAUGGCCUCACAGAGGAUAACCAUGCCGGUGUUGCGCAGGAUUUCUUUAGAGAACUUGCAAGUCCUCAAGAAUUCCCUAGAGAUUAUGUGGGAUUCAUUAAAAAAAUUAUGAAACUGAUGCAACAUAACUACCAAACUAUCAAAAAGGUGGAAGUGGAACUGAAACAGUUAGAAGAAAGUGAAGUGCCUGCAAGACCACCAGGGAACGGCUAUCUUCAUAUAGAUCUAAAUUCACCAGUAUCAGCAGAGGAGAAUUCAUUGGGAACUGUUGUAAUAUUAACCAUAGAAAAAGUGUUAGAAAUAAUAGAAUCAUCAUAUCCAAAUCCAAUAACAAUACAAGAUAUAGCAAAGGAUAAUGGAUGGGACGAGGAAGAAGUCGCACAUCACCUCUCAGAACUGCAAUCUCGUAAUUUGGUCAAAGCAAUGGAUCAUGGUGCCUUCACUAGACAACAAUCUCUUGAUACCCAAGUGACAAUAGUGAAGCAAAUGCCCACAAUGGUCAGCUCUAAGCAACCCACAAUUGCUAUCAUCACUGCCCAGUACUGUGAAAAGUUAGCUGUUGAUGCAAUGAUAGAAAAUAAGGAAACAUUCGUGAGAUACACUACUGUAGGUCCAACCAGUCCAACAUCAGACGGUCCGAAAAUGCGAUUUGGCGAGUCGAACGUUUACACACUGGGCAACAUCGGCGCACACAGGAUAGUAUGUACUAAACUUCCAUCGGUUGGACACACAAGGGAGGCAAUGACGGCUGCUGGUAACACUACCACCAGAUUAUUAGGCACCUUCCAGAAAGUAGACUACGUGUUCCUAGUUGGUGUAGGUGGUGGUGUACCGCAUUAUACUGACUACAACAAACACGUCCGAUUGGGCGACGUGGUUGUUUCUAGUCCCACGAAAAAUAAGUAUGUUUACUUGUAUUGCGAAAAUGCCAAAGUUAAAGACAAUACGUUCGAUUUUGAAACCAAGUCGUACGCACCACAGAUGCUUAAUUUACAAGAGAUAGCCAAGCAGUUAAAGGAGGCGGCAGACAGUGAUCCCAGCGUCACACCCCCUUGGAUGAACUACUUGAGAGACGGAUUGAACAUUCUUGGUUCCAACGAAUCCGAUUUCAACUCGCCCAGCAUUGAAACUGACAAGCUGUUCAUGACUAUUGGAGAAAAAGAUCUCAUUGAAGUGUCACAUCCUAUGCCUCACGAUAAAUCAGUUAAAAGGCAAGAGGGAUGUCCACGAAUCCACCUGUCACCAAUUGCCUCAGGACGACAAGUUGUGAAAGACGAUCGCCUCAGGCAACAAUUUGCCGCCCAGGUUGGUGCUCUGGCAUUCGACUGUGAAUUUGACGCUGUCAUUGAAUCAGUACUUGGAAAUUGCAAAGAUAGCUUCGUGUGUAUCCGUGGCAUUUCCGACUACAAAGAUGGUACACGACGCAAGGAGUGGCAGCCAUACGCCUCAUUGGCUGCUGCCUCCGUCAUGAAGUCAAUUAUCUGUAGCAUGGAACCACCUACAAAUGUUUAAAACCUUUUAUUCAGAUUUACUAGAGGUUAUGUACGAUUGCUAAAUUUAUUCUGGUUUAGGAGGGUAUAUCAACAAAAAGUAGGUUUUUUCUCCAAAUGGCUCACAUAGCUGUUUGUACCUAGAUUCAAGAACUGCCAAUUUAAAAGCCUAUCAGCCUCUAAUCGAGGUUAAUUUUACAAUUUCAACGAAUAUAGGAUCAAAUUAAAUAGAUUUUAAAUAGAUUUUGACCCGCUAUAUCAAAUGGGUGCUAUAAUUUUAGAUAUUUUCAUUAACGGCCUCUAAUAUUUACAAAGUUCAAAAUCAAAACACGUUAGAAUGAGGAUACUAUUUAUAAAUAGAUGAAUUGCAAAUUUCGUGGUGUUAAGAAAAGUUAGACAAAUUAUUUUCAUUUAUCAGUGCCAUUUUCUGAUAUCUUGUCUCUUAAACGAGUCAUUUUUUAGAUCAAAUUUUACGAAAGUUACCAUGAAAAGUAGUAGUGAUCUUCAAUUAGUAUAAAAAUAUUGAAGAGACUGUUUUUUAGUUUGUAUAAUUAUUUAUAAAUUUCUGAUUUAUAUUGAAAUGAUUCCAAUUUUUUAUACUUGCCCUUUUUAGUCAUGGAAAUCAUGCCAAAUUAUAGUUUAGUUGCAAAUCCUAACUUAUUUAAACGUAUACUUACAAAACAAGGUAAACUGUGUAUCUUACUUCUAGAGUUCAGGCUACAGUACGAAAACUUUUACAUUUUAUGCUUAUAACUUUAAAUAAACGACUAAUUCUGGUUGGUUUUAUGAAUCUAUGAAUAUUUAUUAUAAAUAAUACAAGGAAGUGUUAAAGUUUGUGUACUAUAACCUGAAGUAUAUACGUAUAUGUCCUGUUUUUAUUGAAGAGUAAUAUAUUUAAAUUAUUUUGUAGAUAAAUUAUAUGAAUAAAACUUUGACCAACUGUA